GCCCGGAGUGCAAGCGACCGGAUCGGCGACCCACAACAAACCCCGAGACCCAAGGAUGCCCCUCAAGGAUUAUUUCGGGGACGUGGUGGGCCUGGGCAUCAGCGCCGGGCUUGCCUACUCGUUCUACACCUUCGCCAAGGCUGGGAGGGAGAUGGUGCAAAAUCUGAAGAAUGUCCCAGAGCUGGAAAUCAAUGCAAAUCUCGUCUCCAAGCUGUCGGAGAGUGGAGGGGGAGUGUUGGCGUGCGUGCGGGGAGUGGUGAAGGCAUCAGACAUUGCCAUUAGGUGUGUCGCACGGCCAGAGGUUGCUGGUGUCAUCUGGCGCCACACGAUUCAAGAACAUCUUGUGGCACAAGUGAUGGGGUUCUGGAUGAAUGACAAGAGGACAGUGGACUCCUCGACAAGCAGCGUUCCCUUCAUGCUAAUGGACAAGGGCAUUGGGGUCCAAAUUUCAGAUCCAGCAAAACUAGAGGAUGUUGACUUGAUACUAGUUAGUGACAAAUUUGGUGUCGCUAACAACUCCCUUGCAGACCACCUCUGGGGUUGGAUGAAAGGCAUUCGAUCUACUGGGACACAACAAACAGAGGAAAUGUUAGUUGAGGGCACUCAGGCCAUGGGCAUUGGACAGCUUACCCUCAAGAAUGAAGCCUUAUACCUCGACCACUCGCCUUUGGUCCCAUACAUGGUCACGACCCGAAGUAAACAGGCAAUUGUGGAGGAACUUGAUGGACCAGUACCCUAUUUGCGAGUACUCAGUGUGAUUACUGCUUGUGGAGUUGCCUUCUAUAGCUACCGCAUCCUGAAGCGCUGGUACCGCAGCUGGCGUAAAGACAUCCGCCGGCGUGAAGAGCAACGUGUCCUGGACGAGGCCCGGGCGAGGCGUGAGGCCCAGGGCAAUGACCUCCCCGAGAGCCUCAUGUGUGUUGUCUGCUGUGGGCUCCGCGACGUCUUGUUGGUGCCUUGCCGCCAUGUGUGUGUUUGUAGUGAAUGUGCACUGAAGCUUAACCCCAGAGUGUGCCCUGUCUGCCGGACAGAAAUCGAACGGAUCCAGCCUGUCUUCUACUCGUGAUUGAGUCUUCCGUUAGUCAGUCCUGGGCCCAAAUGUGUGCUAUCAAUUCUGUGAUAUGUGCUCAAGAUUUUUUUGCGCUCCCUUUUUGACUAAUGUAUGUAAGAACUGUUGUAAUCAUGGAUGUUGUACAGUUGUAUAUAUUAAAAACCCA